AUGGCAUUAACGUCGAGUCGGCUCCGUGAGUUAUUUGGUGAGUAUAUGAUUCCUGGUGAGGUUCACCUUCUUCCUGAUGAUAUGAAAACAAUAAUAUUAGAAGAAAUGGGAGGGAGUGUGAUAUGGGAUGGUGUUGAGGAAGUAUCCGAAACGACUUCCAUUUUUGGGGUUUGUAAAGGGGAUGAUGAAACCUUUGAAGUAGGGCAUCUGUGGUUUGACGAAUUAAUUAAAAAAGCAAUUGAGAAGUAUGGGGAAGUCUUUUUAAGACUCAACAAAGUUGCGCUUCUCGAUUCCGAAUGGAUGAAUGGGUCCCUCUCUAUCCACAAUUCGCGUGAUGCGCUGACAUUACUUCAAGCAUCUGAGCGUGCAAACAUUUCACUCGACAGUCAUUCCCCAAAUGAACUAGAAAUAGUACAGUACGUGAGUAUCAACCCCAAUCAAGAAUUCAGAUGUUUUGUGAUACAAAAUACUUUGUGUGCUAUCAUUCAGAGAUAUACCGAUAUAUUCACCUCUUCAAUCGAAAAACAAAAAACUCAAAUUGUGACUGCAAUUUGCUCGUUAUAUGAUAAUAUGCAUCAGACCAAUCUCAAUAUUGAAAAUUACACUUUCGAUGUGAUGGUCAAAGGAGACAAAGCAACUUUAAUCGACGCCGACGAAUUGGACGAGUACCACACCAAAAACACAUUGGAAGGUUUCAGUACACUCGAUGAGAUCAAAGAGGCUAAGGUAAAACCAGUCUUCUUAUAUGUUAAAGAACAAAAUCAGGUCCAACCUUCAGUUAAACUGUUCCAAGGAAUCCCACAAGAAUUCUUCAAUGACAAAGUCAUUGAAACGUUUAACAAGGAUCCAAAGAAGCUUGAUAAUAUGAAUAUAGAUUGA